ACAAAAAUUUGUUUUUAUUUUUGUUGAUGACACACCCUUUAAAAUGGCGUCGAUCAUAGUCCAUGGAGGAGCUUAUUCAAUUGCUGAUGACGUGAUACCAGAGAAGACCAAAGGCUGUCAAUUAGCAGCUGAAACAGGCUACAAGAUCAUGGAGUCAGAGACAGGCUCAGCUUUGGACGCUGUUGAAGCUGCCGUCCGAGUAUUGGAAGACAAUCCUUUUUUCAAUGCUGGGCACGGGUCCAUAGUCAACGCUGCCGGGGACAUAGAGAUGGAUGCACUCAUAAUGGAGGGGUCUUCUCUUAAGCUGGGCUCGGUGUUUUGUGUAAAGAACAUAGCCAAUCCGGUGAGCCUUGCCAGGAGAGUGAUGGAGAAGACCAACCACGUCAUGUUGGCAGGAGAAGGUGCGAUCAAGUUUGCUAAAGAGCAAGGCUUUCCGUAUGUGAGCACAGAGGACCUCCUCAGCUUAGAAGCUAAGUCCCGCUGGAAUUAUUACUCUAAAUAUGUGACCGUCGUACAAGAGAUAUUUGCUUCCAACAAGAAGGACGAUCCUCUUUCAGCAAAGGUUGAUUUAGCCGCUCCUGAAGGUCACGAUACAGUCGGAGCUGUAGCUAGGGACAGACAUGGUAACAUAGCCUGUGCCACGUCAACUGGUGGCAUCACUCGUAAGAUGGUUGGUCGCGUUGGAGACAGUCCAAUAAUUGGAUGUGGUGGAUAUGCAGAUAAUGAGCUUGGAGGCGUGUCUACUACCGGACAUGGGGAAUCUAUUGCAAGAGCAACGUUAGCUACACGAGUGUUGCACUUAACAAAGAUCCAGCCACCACAAAAGGCCAUUGAAGAGGGAUUGAGCUUCAUGAAGACUAAGAUAGGCGGGACUGGUGGGCUGAUACUCAUUACUCCAUCAGGAGAAAUUGCUAAAGGAUUUACUACAAAACGCAUGGCAUGGGUCAGCAUUGAUUCCAGUAGAGUGAUGGAGACUGGAAUAGAUCCAUAACAUCAAGAGUUAACAUGCAUACUUCCAUUUUUUGCUUUUUGUGCUAGCUUUUUAUUAUCAAUAAAUAUAAA